CAAAAAUUACAUCGAUGUCGAUAAGUGUCAAAGAUGGAUGGAAGCUUUGUUACUAGCGGUUGACUUUUUUUGUAAAUCCCUGUUUUAUAUAUUUAUUAAGUAUUAAUGGAGUUAAUAAAAGGAACAUGUUUUUUUUGUGCGAAUUCAAAAGUAGUGUCUGACUUCGAAUCUGUACAUAAUACAAUUAUUACAUUAUUUUCAGGAAAAAUACAAGAAGAUAAGCUUAUAAAUCUGAAACCUCCAAAAGUAUGUCCACUAUGUUACCAUAGUUUUGUUUUAAUGAAAAGAACUCACGAUGAUAUUUUGCAUUCAAGCUCGGCUGAAAAAGUUCAUGAAAAUUGUCAUUUGUGUGGAAAUUCAGAAGAUGUUAUAAAUGUUUCAAAAUGGGCUCAUUUUAAGGCAAUUGGUAAAGAUUUUCCUGGUUCUAAUGGUGAAAAUAUAUCAAAUGUAUGUUCCGAUUGCUUAUAUUAUUUAGAGACAAAAAGUACAGUCAAGGAAAAGUUAAUAUCAGAAUACCCUAUCUUGAAGCAAGAAUCAAUCAUUUCUCAAUUUGACGUAUUGGGGAAUUCAACACCUACAAGAAGAACCCGAACAAAAGCAGAGAGAAAGUCCCCUAUUGAUAUUGUAGAUUUAACAGUUGCAGAACCAGUUGCAACUCCAACAGACAAUAUGAAAUUUAGACCUUUAAAAACCGAUAGGCAUUUAAGGAGAUCCAGGGCAGUUAACACUGAUCCGAAAUUGCUUAAUCAAGUACUUAUAAUCAAGCUACCAAAUCAGUCGCUAAAAGAGGAAGCUACCAAAUCAGCUCCUAAGAGGAAAUCACUUACACCUAAAAGAGUUAGGUUUCGAGAUGAACAUGAGCACAUUAUAGAUAAAUACAAUUCUCCUUCAUUAUAUACAGACAAAGAGAAUGCGUAUAAAGAAACUGAAGAAUUGGUUGAAUACGAGAUAAAAACAACCCCUAGAAGGUCUAGGUACAGAAGCGUUGACGACACAGAAAGUAGCCCCGAUUCUUUAGAUCCACGAAAAAAAUCUUUCUUUAAGAUAAAGUUAAUGAAGAAGAAACCGAAAUCGAUUAUAGCAAAACCUUUUAAAACUGUGACUAACGAACCUCUUGAAAAAUAUAACGAUGCCAUUGAAAAGCGAAAGGACACCAUCGGAAAACGAAAAACAAGCGCACACAAGGGUAAGGAAACCAUGCAGAAGCUUGUAAAUAGAGUUUGUAAAUUUAAUUUAGUGGUAAAUGUUGAAAGAAUGAAUUAUUCAGAAAUAAAUGGCAUAAAUCAAAGUGGAUUAUCUAUAGACGAAUUAGAUCCCCUCCGAAUAGAUAGUUGGGAAGAAAACUUCAAUACGGAAGUAAAUGAGUCUAACAAACAGCCGUUAAAGACUAAAAAAAGAGGACGACCAAAAAAACGAAGUGUAAGCUUUUCUGAUGAGAAGGUGAAAGAAGAAAAAAAUGGACCUCUUCCUAGUAAGAACGGCAAAAAAGGUCCAGCUCUAAAGGAAAAAGUGAAACCAAAUACUAGUAGUAUUAGAAGAGCUAGUAAACGGAACUCAAUUGUCUCUGUUAGUUCCGAGGACGAGGUUAAACCAGUGGAUAUUAAAAAACCUAGACCGUUGAGAAAAAGACGCAAUACUGUGUCUAUUGAAGAAAGUAGUACACCAGAGGUAAAGCCAGUAAAAGUUAAAACCAAGAAAGGUGUUAAAGGAACCGUUGAAAAAAAAUCCGAAAUUCGUGCAAAAGAAAUCAAAAAGCCUUUGAAGAAGAGGCGUUCUAAUGCCAAAAUUAAAGAUGAUGUUAAUGCCGCAAAAGAAAUUAAUGCAAAGGAAGCUGUCAAUGGAUCUGAAGAAACAGAAUUAAAUGCUGAUAUUGUCGAAACUACUACUGAGAAUACCAAUCUUACGGAAGAAAGUAAUAUAAAAGAGGUUAUUAAUGGAUCCGAAGAAAAAGAAUCCGAUAUUGAGAUUCGAGCAGCAGAUUCAAGUGGAACUGAAAUCACCGAAAAAGCGGAUACAGAACCACAAGAAGAGGAAAGUCGAGAAGUCGAAACAGUAUCUGAUAGUGAUGUAAAUCCUAUUGAUGCUGAGGAAAAGGUGGUAGAUGAAAAUUCGGAGAAAUGUGAAAAUAAGGUAGAUGAUGCGAGUUCGGAUAAAGAAGAUAAAAGUGAAAGCGAAAGUUUAAAUAAAGAAGAUGAAAAUGUACAAAACGAAAGUUUAGAUACAGCAGAAGAGAAAGUCGACGAUAAUGAUGUAGAAAAUAAUGAGAAUGAAAGCGUAGCUAAAGAAAAUGAACAAAUGGAUACCGAAACCUUAGACCAAGAAGAUAUUACUGAGGACGAUAAUGUCGAUCAAUGUGGCAGAAAAAACAACCAGGACUCCGAUGAGGAAAAUACAAUAAACCUUGCAAUCUCAGAUACAGAUCAAACAACAGAAAAUGAAAUUUCUCGUAAAGAUGACACAAUAGAACUAGAAAGUGAAAAAGAAGUUACAGAUCAAGAUGAAGAUAAGAACGAUAAUGAAAUAUCUGAUAAAGAUGACAGUAAAAUAUUGGAUGAAAGUUCAGCUGUAGAAGAUGAUACUGUUGAAGAAAACAUAAACAAUAGCGAAAAAGAAAAUGACAAUGGUGGAAAUCUUCCAGAACAAGAACUUUGCCAAACAGAAAAUGAAAAUUUCGAUGAAGUAGAAGAUCAAGAAGAGCAAACAGAAAAUGAAAAUCCAGUAGGUGUGGAAGACACGGAAGAUAGAACAGAGGAUGAAGAGGUAACAACAGCUGAUGAAGUAAAUACUGCUGAUGAAGAUACUACAGCUGAUGAGGUAUAUACAGUAGAUGACAGCUCGCAACUGGAAGAUAAUACUGAAACAGAGGAAAAAGAUAGUCAUGAUGUAUCAAUAGAGCAAAAUGGCGAGAACACAGAGGAAGAUCUAAGUCAAGACAUCGAGGACAAUGACACAGAAGAAACGGAAGAGGAACAGAGCCGAAAUAAAGAUGUAACUGAGCAGCAAGAAAACGAGGCAAAUGGAGAAGUAGACAACGGAGAAACGGACAAUGGGGAAACAGACAAUGGAGAAGCACACAAUGGGGAAACAGACAAUGGAGAAGCAGACAACGAAGAAAAUCCGGAUGAAUCAAAAAACGACGAUCUUGAAUUUGGUAUGACGGAGGACGAUAAUAAAAGAAUUGCAGAGACACUCGCCGCAUUUGAGGACAUGUCGUACACAAAUAACGAAGAAUCAGAAAUUGUGAAUUUAGAUACAUCGUGCGAGGUUCAGGAUAACGAAGUGGCAGGUGAAAAGCGCAAACGGAAUGAUAGUGAAGAUAGUUUUACGGAUGAAAGUAGUCCUGACGCGAAGAGAAAGAAAGUAACUUUUAAUGAGGACUUUGACGAAAAUGUUUGAUUUAAAAUUGGGAAUACGUUUUAAAUUUAACUGAUAGUGGAAUAAACUUAAGCAAAAUUGCUACGGAUAAGCGUCCAAACUGAGUAUUUUAAUGGUAUUUCCUUGAAAAUUAUAGGAUAAAUUUUUCUUCUUACUCCUGAUGCCCAUCAGGGGCGUCGGAGGUAAAUUAAAAAUAUAAUUUGACAGUUAGGUUACUAAAUCAGUGAUAUAUUUUUUUCUACAAGAUCUAUCGCAUAAGGUGUUUAAAACAUAUUUUUACGAGAUUUAAUACUAAACUCACAGCAGCUAUUUCAGUCUCAAUAUCAGCUUUGUUACAGUGGGUGAUCAAAUUAUUAGAGCCACCUCAGAAAAUUUUACUUUUUGUUUAAUAAUGGUAUGUAAGUUUUUUCUUUAUACGGUCCACAUUUGCCUUUGAAACUUUAAAUAUGUAUGCUAUGUUUCUGUUGGAGUGAUUGGUGUUGAAUAAUAAAGUUUUUAUUUCUGUUAUUUUCCUUGGUGAGAUGUUUUUGGCUUUUCCUAUGAUUAGGGCAGUCAAUGAGGGUAUUUGGCUCCGAAUUCCAUCCUACUAUAUCGAUUUACUUGAUAUUUUCACAGUAAGUAGGGAAUAGCUCAAGAAACAAAGUCUAGCCAAUGCCGAUGUGCGUUUUCAUCUUGGAAGUGGUUUCCACCCCUUCUCGGGGGUGAAAAUUUUUUUGGUUAAAAUAUCCACGGAAGUGGCUAGAGAACCUAAUUCUAAAUAAAAACUGUUCUAUAUAUUUUUUUGAAAACUCAAUACUUUUUGAGUUAUGCGUGGUUGAAAAUUGGCCAUUUUCAUCAAAAAAUCACACCUUUGCAGACAGUUUUUUUGCAAAUACCUUAAAUACUAUGCAUCUAACGAAAAAAACUAUAUAAAAUAUUUUUGUAGCUCAUAAAAAAACAAAGAGAUUCGUUCCUUCAUAAAUCUUCUAGUUAUAAUGCAAAAAGAGAUAUGGUAGGUGAGAAGAGUUAGUUUUUUGGUGCAUACUCAAAUCGGUGUACUCAACUUGAAAUCACAGAGAAACGGUCGAUUUUAAGUGUUUAAUGAUACUACUACCUUUUGUAGUACUUGAAAAGACCUUUAAAAUGAGCGAUAGUAAAUGUCGAUUACAUUCAAACUAAGCGAGAUAUGCUGCAAGAAAGUUGAUGACUAAUAUAUUUUAAGAAAAAAUGAGAAGUGUAUACACCUCAUCCACCAGAAUUUAAAUGCGUCGUUUUCCUUCUACAAUACCUUUUACUAUAGUGUUAUUUGUGUGUUCAAAAAGUUGGACGAGUUUAAAAUGAAUGGUUUUUGAAAAAAAAUAAGAUCAAGAUAUAAAGCGCAUUUUUAAAUUUUCUUAAAAAUCUUCAUUUUUCUCCAUAUAACUCGAAAAUGAUACGAGGUACGAAAAAAAGAUAUCGGACAAAAAUGUAGUUUUUUAAAUAAAAAUAUUGUUUUUAUUUUUAAUUACUGUAACUCUUAUCAUUUUCAAGUUACAUGGAGAAAAAAGAUUUAAAAAAAUUAAAUAUGCGCUCUAUAAUUUGAUCUUAUUUUUUUUUUUCAAAAACCAUUCAUUUUAAAUCCGUCCAACUUUUUGCACGUAGAAAUAACACUAUAGUACAAGGUAUUGUAGAAGGAAAACGAUGCACUUAAAUUCUGGUGAAUGGGGGUUAAAUAUGCGUCUCAUUUUUUCUUAAAAUACAUUAGUCAUCAAUAUUUCUUGCUGCAUAUCUCGCUUAGUUGGAACGUAAUUUACCUUUAAUAUUGCUCAUUUUAAAGGUCUCUUCAAACACUACAAAAGGUAUUAAUAUUAUUAUACACCUAAAAUCGACCUUUUCUCUGCUAUUUCAAGUUGAAUACACCAAUUUGAGAAUGCUCAAAAAAAAAACAAACUCUUUUCACCUAACAUAUCUCUUUUUUUGUUAUAAGUAGAAGAUUUAGGAAGGAACGAAUCUCUUUUCUUUUUUAUAACCUACAAAAAUGUUUUAUAUAGUUUUUUUUAGUUAGAUGCAUAGUUUUUCAAGUAUUCGCAAAAAACUGUUCGAAAAGGUGUUGUUUCAAUAUAGAUGGCCAAUUUUCAACCACGAAUAACUCAAAAAGUAUUGAGUUUAAAAAAAAAUAUAGAACAGUUGUUGCUUAGAAUUAGGUGCUCUAGCCACUUCCGUGGUUAUUUUAAUUAAAAAAUUUCGCACCCCCGAGGCCGGUUGGGAACCAUCCCCAAGAUAAAAGACACAUCGGCUAUUCCCAAGAUUUCAUUAAAAUCCAUGCAGUAGGAUAGAAUUCGGAGGUAAUAACCUAUUCUUGCUCCCAUUGACUGGCGUAGAUGUUCUGGUACAACUAGUGUAUAGUGUAACGAACUUGCAAUGUUUACUAAAUUCAUAAAAAAAUGGUAUAUAUGACUGUCAGAAUAUCACCAAAGAUCAAUGGAAACUCUCAAAGUUUAUUAUAACUCUAAACACCAAGAAUACAAAAUAAUAGGCACACGAGUUGCAAGCUAGGUUGGGCAGCACUGACAGACAAUGGCAUCUGAGUCACGCAUUGCCACACACGCGUGUUGCCACUAUUUAUUACACUUUUAUAAAGUGUAACAAGACAGUCAAAUGGAAACAACCUCCUUAAUAUAUUAUUGGGACCGUGCAAGUUCGGAAAAGCGACACCUGGUUUCAUAGCUCAGCAAUAUUUUUCGCACUUUUAAUUAUAUUGGCCAAUUAUAUUAGUCCUGGUUGCUGGAUAAUUGUCAAGGCCAUAGCCCAAAAAAAUAUAAGAAAAAAAGUAAGAUUUAGAUUAUGUUAUUAAAAGGUAACAAUUGUAUGUAGUAAAGAAAACUAAUUAUUAAAAUGCAGUACUGCAAGCAAAAUACAAUUAUUUAAAUUUACUUUUAUAUAAUAAUUGCUUAUCAUAUCAAUAUUGUGGAGCAACAUAUAAUUUUUCUUCUUCAAUGACAGUAGGUAUGAACUGUAUGUCAAUUUGAUAAUUUCAAUUGACAAUAUGAUUCAUUUAGGAAUGUUGCAAGAUUUCUCCGCUAUUUGCGCACGAUCGUUUCUCGUAUCCCCUCCAAGUACUUGCACACCGCGAAUACAGCUCAAUUAUAUACCCUUUCUGUAAAACAUUGAAUUUUACUAGGUGGCUAUAAUAAUUUUAUCGCCCACUGUAUGUUAGGCAUUAGAGCGUAGGCAAAACUGUAAUUAAAAUAAAAAUAUAAUUUUCAUGCAAAACAUUAGUUUUCAUAAUCCGCUGGGAGAGUUGACAUGGAGGGGAUAUGACAUGUCGACAGUGCUUCUCAUGGUGGGUGGCACAAUUUGCAAGAAGCCCCCCAUCAUCAGCCUCUCUCAAUCCACUGCUGGACAUAGGCCUCCCCUGUUUGUCUCCAAAGUGUUCUAUCUUGUGCUUGCUGUACCCAGUUUUUUGUUGUCCUUCGUAAGUCGUCUUGCCAUCGUGUUGGUGGUCUUCCUCUGGUACGUUUAUCGGCUCUUGGUCUCCAUUCAACUAGUUUACGAGUCCAUCUUCCGCCCUUCAUUCUGGCAACGUGUCCAGCCCAUUUCCAUUUUAAGUUACAGCUUCUUUCAAUGACAUCUAUGACUUUGGUCUCCCCGCCCCCCACGGGCAAAAAUUGAGUUAUUUUUCUUCACUUUACAUAUUUUCUUGCCUUAGUAAUGAAAUUCACCCCUUAUUUUCAACACUUUCUUUGGAAACACAAAGAAUCUACAUAUCGCUACCUACAUUCUAAUACCACGUAUGAGAAUUUUUAGUCGAAAGCAUUAGAGGUUGAAUCUGAGUAUAUUGCUCACGCUCUACCGAAUGAUUCUUAUCACAAGUACGAGAAAACAUUAUUUCUCGUACUUGGGAUUAGAAUAGUUCAGUAGAGCGUGCGCAAUAUACUCAGAACCAACCUCUAACUCUUUUGCCUAAAAAUCCUCAUACGUGGUAUUAGAAUGUAGGUAGCGAUAUCCCUCUUUCACUAUAGUGUUUACAAUCCGGGGCAAAGCACAUUACCAUUUUUAUUAUACAAAAUACAAUGGUUCACAAAAAUUCCUAACCUUUGCUUGGUGAAUAUCACUCGGUGAAUAUCACUUCAUAGAAAUUUAAGACCGGAUUAUGGUGGUAUUAUCUUAAAAAAACACUGUACUUAUUAUUCUUGGUCAGAUGACUGAUAGUCAGUCCAGAAAAUUUUCAAUAUGUUUCAAUGCCUCUAUCUUGUUCAUGGUAGGAAUUGUUAGUGUCCAUAAUUCUACUCCUAUAUCAUAGUUGGCCAAACAUUUCAGUAGCCGUAUCCUAAGUCCGAAGUUGAUGUGUGCGUCGCAUGGUAGUCCUUUUACUUGUAUGAGUGCGCUUCUUGUUUGUUCAUAUUUUGUAUUUAAUCUCAACAUUCGGGCCCAGUUGGUUGUUUUAUUCAGCAACCCAGGUACUUUGUUGUUUUUACUUGUUCCAAGAUUUUACCAUUCGAUGUGAUUGGAAGACAAGGUCAUCACUGUUUAUUUUCAUGUUAAAUUGUGUUAUAAUAAGAGUCUGCCAUCAAAAUGGUAUCAUCUGCAUGUCUGAUGCUUGAUAUUUUAAUUCUAUUAAUUUUUAUAUCUUCUUAAUACCACUUAAUAAGAUUUUUCACGAUUUCCCACUUGUACAUAAUUUUUAGAUACUGUAAAUAUUUUAGAUUUUAAUUUUUACAUCUCUCAACAUCCCCCAGUAUGUCGAAGAUUACUAUGGCCUUGAUUACUUAAAUUAAAUAUCUGACCCGUGAAUUGAAAGGAAAACUAUAUAGUCAAAGAUACAUAUAAGGUCGACCUGUACCAAUCUGUUUUAUGGAUAAAAAUUAUUUGGUAUGUACUUUAGUAUGUUAAAAAUGAUAAAAAACAAGGUGUGAUCGAUAUAAUUUUGUCACGCCUGUAACAAUUUAUUAAUAAUUAAAAAAAUACUUUUUUUUUAUAAAUUUAACAAAAAAAUUUUUGCCGAACAGAUAUUAAUUUAGAUUUUUUGGAUUAUUCGAAACAAAAAAGGUUUUUUUGUAAUUUUUCUCUUAAGUUGAUCGUUUUCGAGUUAUAAACAAUUAAAAACUGAAAAAAGAAUGAAAGAUGACGAUUUUCAAGGCUUAAAAACAUAAGUAAAAAGUAUCAUUUUUGAAAUUACGAAGUACCUAAAUUCAAGUUAAAACCUUAUUUUAUCAGUUCUUGAUAAGUAUUUUGGACUUACUUCAUUGUAUCAUAUUGUUUUUUAGUUUUUAUUGCAGCCCGAUCCCGUCUUCCCAUAAGGAACCUUCUUCAUUAACAAUUAAAAAAAUAUAUAUUUUAGAACAAAACAUGGCAAACAUUGUUAUCCAGACCUAAUAGAAGAAGGUUUGAACUUGAUUUUAGGUACUUGAUGAUUACAAAAAUAAUAGUUUUUAUUUAUGUGUUUGAGCCGUAAAAUAGUCAUUUUUCGUUUUUUUGAAGUUAGACUUCUUUAGGCGCGAUAGAGAGUGAAUUUUUAUUAUUCUGCGUGCAUGCGCACAGAGACAGUAUGUUAUUCGUUGCUAAAUCUUUUAAGUUAUGUAUGUAUCAGUCCAAAAAAGGCGUGGAAAAAGUAUAUUAGUGUUUUUAGUUUAGUAAAUAUAUUUAUUAUAAUUUUUGUGUCUUUGGAUUUGUUUUCCUCGGGAGUAAGAUAAUAUGUACCUAUUAUUAAAACAUUUUUAUAUUUAAUACAGUCGAACCCGCUUAUUGGAAUAGCUGUUGUGCCAAGAAAAAGUAUUCCAAUAACAGGGAUAUUCUAAUAACCGAUCAUAUAAGCCUAGUAAAAAUGUUGUGGGACCUCAAAUUUCUAUUCCUUAAACCGGGAUAUUCCUUUAACCGGUAUUCUAAUAAGCGGGUUCGACUGUACUUCACUUCGUCUAUUUGUUACCGUGAUUUGUCACAAUGUCCGAGAAACCGUAAAAAUAAUGCCUUCAUAGCGUCAUUGGUAUAGCAUUCGACUGGAGAUCGAGAGGUCCCGGGUUCAAAUUCUGACAAUUGCUGUCUUUUUUUAAUUUUUGGAUUUUUAGAAAGUGGUAAGUAUUAAAAUUAGUUUAAUAAACUGUUCAAAGUAUUUUAUUUCGUUGAAAUCAUAUAAUAGAAGUAUAACUUCUUACGUGCGUACAAAGUACACACACAUUCUUUUUUUUUUUAGUUUCAAAUUGCUUAUAAUAAUUCGAAAACGAUUACUAAGAGAAAACUUACAAAAGACCUUUUUUGUUUCGAAUAAUCCAAAAAAUUUAAAAUACUAUCUGUCUGAGACGAACCAUUUUUUUUAUUUAUAAAAAAAGUAAUUUUUAUUAUUAAUUAACACGUUCGGUGCCCAUCUUGAACAAACGCCACAUGGCUGGUACCAUGAACGUAAAUAGUUCAUAGUAGUCGGUACCCUCGAUGAAAUGGUCAUAACGACAUACUGUCAUCAUGGGCACCGAACGUGUGAAUUACAGUCAGGACAAAAUUAUAUUGGAUACCCCUUGUUUUUUAUAAUUUUUAACAUACUUAAUUACAUAUCAAAUACUUUUUGAAGUUAUACUUCUUUACGAUCGAGAGUGAAAUUUUAUAAUUCCCUGGCGCAUGCGCACACAGACAGUAUGUAGUUCGUUGCUAAUCUUUCAAGAUAGGUAUGUAUAUAUUAGCGUAAAUAAGUCAUUAAAAGAAUAUAUUAGUGUUUUUAGUAAAUGUAUUAUUUAUUAUAAUUUUUGUGUCUUUGGAUUUGUCUUCCUCGGUAGUAAGAUAAUAAAAUAUCUAGGUAUAACAUUUUUCUACUUCACUUGAUCUGUUUCUCACCGUGUUGUGUAAUUAUAUCCGAGACGUCACUUACAAGGGUCUCGAUAGCUUAGUUAGUAGAGCAUUGGACCAGAGAUCGAGAGGUUCCGGGUUCCAAUCCCGGAUGAUUCAUAUAUUUUUUUAAUUUUUGGUUUUUAUAAAAAAAUUUUGAAAGUGGUAGGUAAGAAAGUUUAAUAUUUAAAUAAAAUACAACUAACCUGUUAAUAUAUUAUUUAUUUCGUUGAAAUUAUAUAAUAGAAGUAUGUAUAACUUCUUACGUGCGUACAAAGUACAUACACAUCCUUUUUUAUCCGUUAAACAGAUUGGUGCAGAUCGACCUUGUAUCGGAUCCAACACUAAUAAUAUAUUAGAUACUUCUAGGAGGAUAUAGUUUUAUCGUCGAUGACUUGCAAUGGAAUUUAUAGAAAAAAAAAUAGGAUGAUAAAAUAUUCUACACGUAACUUAAAAAUUAUCAUUUUUUAACUCAUGUACAUUUAAUACUUUUACAUAUGCAGUAAACUUGUAAAUACUGUUAUUUUAAAAAAUAUAUCAAGUGAAAUGCCAUUUUAUCUCAAAAAAUUUUGUACAUAAAAAUUCCUCUUUAUACACAAUCACUACUAGUUUCAUCAAUAUAUUUCUGGAGAUGUAAUCAACGUAGUUUCCAGUGUAACUGUGGAAAAAUUAGUGUGUUUAUAUAAAGAUUUUUUAAGUCGUUUUUUUUUCUAUUUAGAGAAUAAGAUUCAAUGUUAGUGUUAAGUUUGUACAAAUAUAAACUGUCUGUGCAGA